GAUAGCUAUAAAAGAUGAUAUCUAGCUGAUUGUGAAGGUUGUCGAAUAGAUUUUUAUCAGUCUCGAUAUCGUAAGUUCCCAGUGUGCAACAAACUAGUGUAACUGACGUGAUGGUGAUCGUUUUAGCCGUUUGUUUGUUGGUGAACUUCGUGGCCGGUUUCACAGAGCAGGUGUCCCCGUGUUUAGGAGACAAGUUGUAUCUUCCUCAUCCCACCGAUUGUACUCGAUAUUCUAUAUGUACUGAUUCGAAAGUCAUCGAACAGCGUUGUCCACGCGGCUCGGAAUGGGAUAUAGUGGAGUCUACGUGCAGUAUACCAGAGGUGUCAAAAUGUGGCGUGAGGCAGACUGGUCCAGAUACUUCACCGCUUGUUAGCAAGUGUCCUCCAAAGCUUACCCGUUGUCCUGUGCAUGCGAAUCCGGCCGAGGAAGUGAUCUUUAUACCUCAUAGUGAAUGUCAUAAAUUCUACGCUUGUGUGUCGGCAGUUCCCGUCGAGCUAAGCUGUCCGAAACGGCUUUACUGGAACCAUGAGUCAUGCCAAUGUGACUACGAACAUUCACCCAGUACGGGUUGUGCUGUGAAGCCACCAAAACCAACGUUAGAGUUACCUUCCUUUAGUCGUGUACGUCGUUCGGACGAGGAAGUAACGACAACGGUUCAGCCGGAAGUUUCUGGUGCUACUAUACGUGGCGUUACUUCGAUUUUAGUUCUUAUUGUAACAGUUGUUUUGAAUGUGUGAAAAAUUAAAAA